AGCAGCAUGGCAACACAAACCUUAUAAAGAAUGAGGCACACCCCAGCGGGCCGCCUCAGUUCAGCUCUCCUCCCUGACAGCAGCACCUUGCAGCAAUCAUGCUCAGCCUCAUCAAAUUACCACAAGUCUUCACCAUCAACCAGGUGCCCAAAGUUUUCCACGAGGACAGCAUCAUCUCCGGCUACCGACACCCCCGCAGCUCCGCCAUCGACUGCAUCCUGAGCCUCUUCCAGCUGACCAAUGAGACGCUCAACAUCUGGACACACUUUUUGCCCACCUGGUACUUCCUGUGGAAAGCAGUGACGGUGGUGUUUGUGCAGGUAGCAUGGCAGGACUCUUUCAUCUGGCCUCUGGUGAUCUUCCUGCUCACCUGCUGCAUUUAUCCGCUGGCGUCCAGCUGUGCUCACACCUUCAGCAGUAUGUCGGCACGGGCACGCCACAUCUGCUUCUUCUUCGACUACGCUGCCGUCAGUUUCUACAGCCUGGGCACAGCAAUCGUCUAUUCAGCGUAUGUUUUCCCGGACAAGUGGGUGAACAGUUUGUUCCACCGAUGCUACGUCCCCAUCGCUGUGCUCAACACUGUCUUCUGCAGCAGCUUGGCCUGCUACUCCAGGCUUGGCCUACCAUUUCUGCACUAUAAUCAUGACGUCGUAAAGAGAUUCUCUGAGUGCCAGCGUCCAAAGUUCAGCAAAUAUCUCCGUGUUGUUGCCUUCGCCUUCCCCUGCCUGUUUGACAACAUUCCUCUGCUCUACAGGGUGUUUCUGUGCGUAGGAGAGGGCUGCACAGACAACGAUACCAACGUGCUCCACUACUACCACAUCGCCUUGGCUUUCCUCACAGGCUUCCUGUUUGCCACACAUUUACCUGAGCGUCUGGCUCCUGGCAGCUUCGACUACAUAGGUCACAGCCACCAACUCUUCCACGUGUGCGGCAUCCUCGGCACCCACUUCCAGAUGAAGGCCGCUGAACAGGACAUGGUGACGAGGGGGCCCUGGCUCCUUGAACACUCCAUCCCCAUCACCUUUGCCAACUCAGUGGGUGCAGCACUGCUUUGUGUGGUGGCGAACUUGACUGUCGUCGCCCUCUACAGUCUACCUCUCCUCUCGGCUCCAGCCUGUCAUGAAAAGAAACAUGAUAAACAUGAUAAACAUGAUAAAAGUGCAAAGAAAGCCUCACAGAGGGUCUGCCCCUGCUCCUAA